CCCGGCCCUGCUCUGUCACCUCACAGUAGUCGUUGCCGGAGCCGGUGUCGGGGCGCGAGCAGAGCUAGACGUCCUCUCCCCCGCCCCUCAGGCCGGGCCCGGGCUCGGUCCCCCCCACUCCCUCCGCUCCCCACCCCCGGCGGGUACGGGAAGGUCCACGCCGCUGCAGGGUGCUGGAGGGGCUUCGCGACCGCCGCCGCCGCCACGGGUCGGGAUGGAGCCGCCCAAUCUGUACCCAGUGAAGCUCUACGUGUACGACCUGUCCAAGGGCCUGGCCCGGCGGCUCAGCCCCAUGAUGCUGGGGAAACAACUGGAAGGCAUCUGGCACACUUCCAUAGUUGUGCACAAGGAUGAAUUCUACUUUGGCGCUGAGGGUAUUUCCAGCUGUCCCCCGGGAGGGACAAUGCUUGGGCCCCCAGACUCUGUGGUUGAUGUGGGGAGCACAGAAGUGACAGAAGAAAUCUUUCUGGAGUACCUGUCUUCUCUGAGGGAGUCUCUGUUCCGGGGUGAGACCUACCAUGUCUUUGAAAACAACUGUAACACCUUCACCAAUGAAGUGGCACAGUUCCUGACUGGGCAGAAGAUCCCGUCUUACAUCACUGAUCUUCCCUCUGAAAUCCUCUCCACGCCUCUCGGACAGGCUCUGCGGCCCUACCUGGACAAAAUCCACAUGCAGCCUCUUGGAGGGAGUGCUGUGGACCGACCCAAUGGCCAGAGCUAACAGGACUGCCUGGGACCGCCCUGCCUCACCAGGGCUUUUCCUUUUUAAACAAAACAAACCCUACCAGAUUUCUAUUUUAUAAUUUUACAUCAGAGCUAACAACCAGGGGACGGCUUUUUAAAUUUAACCAGGGAAGGAGAUCAUCAGGCCGCAUGUAGGACAAUGCUGCUAAGAAACAGAACAAAUGCCAUCCCUUAUAAUAGUAUUAUACUAAUUUAUUAAGGCUGUUUUGUCUGUGAGUUCACUUUUGACGCUACUCUCUAAGCGUCCACACUGAAGAAAGGGAGGGGGUUUGUGUAAGCAGGAAGCAUGAGGUACAGUUUUGGGGAGCCCCAACUAGAACCUCUUUCCAGAGAACACCCACACUCUAAUCAGAUUGUCAUACCCUGUCAGGCCUAGGGAGUUUGACAACGUCUGUGACAGGACAUCUGUAGGACUCAUUUUAGGAUGGCUUAACUCAGCCUAAGUGAACUCUUUAGCCUCCUUUCUCACCUUCCCUCCUUACUCUGGCAAAGCCAUGGGGCCAAUACUGGAGCAGCCAGAAGCCUCAGGACUGAGGGAACAUAACAGCACUCGUGAGGCCAGAGCAGACAGGAGAAAGCCAUUCCUCCCUCCACCUAGCCCGAUUGCCAGUCCUGACGUCGACCUUGGAGAAUCUGCCUCGCUCCUUGCAGGCUGCUGUUCUUGGGCAUAACUGACCUGUUAGGAUUAAUGAGAGCUCAGGCUAGAGAUGCAGAUACGCAGACCUCAUGUCUGCAAGUAAUGUCAAGUUUUUACAGUCGCUGAAUUCACCCCACCCAGACCAACCUGCAGUAUUUGACUAGGGACCAAGGGCAAAUGACUCCUUCCUGCAGGAAAGUAUCCCCAGCAUGGAAAGGAUAAUAAUGCAGAAUCAAGAUGACAAGAAAAUUGAGUUGUUCCUGAUAAGAACUUUUACAUUGUCUUGAGUGUGCUUUGAAGUCACACAUUGUUGCCAUUGGCAUUCUGACUGUGCAGAAGUAUGGUUGGAGCAGGCGUGGGCAUUUUCCUUCUGAGCUGCUGCUUGGAGCAGUUUACAGACAGAAUGGAACAAUCUGGAAGUUUCUUGUCUGGAGAGACUUGCAGAUGUCCUGUCUUCAUGAGAGCCUCCCAUACACCAGUUUUUGAGGAAGUGAAUGAGGGGAAGGUGCCCUGAGCUGCCAAGUACCCGAGUCUUAGUCUAGCAUCCUUGAGCCCCUCCUGCCAUGGCUCCCACCACACCUCAGGCUGAAAUGAUGUUUGCGUGGGCUCUGACUGCAGCAGAUGCCUCUCCAAAAAGCUGUUGCUCAUCUCUGAACUCCCCUCCUGUUAGCCAUAGCAUUUGGCACCAUCAGGAUCUCAGCUGGGAGAAUACAUAGUAUCCUGCCUUAGUGUUUGCUUGUGAGCUAAAGAGGGACAAGUCUGUUUGUGAUGUCAGGUGAUAUUAUGGAACUUUGAACAUUAAAGUCAAACUAGUGAGCAGUUUAAUUCUUCUAAAGGCCCACAGAUUUGCCAGUAUUCAUGACCAUGAUUCAUUAGAGGAGAUAUUUACAGGGGCUUUCAUUUAAUACUGAUCUUACUGAGAGAAUUGAGCCCAUUGAAAAUGGGUUUCAGGGGCUAGGUUUCUCCUGGAAGGGUAGCAUACUGGUAUUGGCCAUUGUUGUGAUUCCUACCCAGGUUACUCCUUUUCUAUCUAGCCCUCUCUCUCUCCCAAACUCCUGCUUCAGAUCUCUGCCCAGAGCCCUUACUAUAUUCAAAGGAUGCUGGGCUCAUAAGCUUCACUUCUCUUUUCUCCCUCUCCAGGUUCAGCUGCUUUUAUCCUUCCCAGCAGUCACUUCCAAACCAGGGCUGUCUCCAGAAGUUAGCCUCGGUGACUCCCGUUACGCCAAGAAGCCAUUUGUGCCACUGCCUAUGCCCAGGGGCUGUGGGGAAGGAGGGAUUAGUAAGCAGUCUUCUCAGAAUUCAGUAGAGGAAGGCAAGCUCGCUGUCUCUAGCCCAAGUCCCAGCAACACUAACCAUGGAAAUCUAGGUUUAGGCUAGAAUCCCAACUCCAUCCCCAAAUUCCUGUCCUAUGUCAAACAUCAGGAGCAUGCUCACUGUGACCAGCUAGUCGAACACAGGCAGGUGCAGACAGCAGAGUGAGAUGUGAGCUGUGUGCGUGACAUUUGCACAGUGGACACCUCCAUAGAGGUUCAGUGCUUUAAUAGGACAGGGCAGGAGGAGAGAUGGGACUCAUCCCUACAUCCCAAAAUAAAACCUCUACCUUGGAAAGUCUCUGCCCUGAAAUCAGACUAGUAAUGUGUCUAGUGGGGAGGUGUUUGCUGGUUUUCUCUGGUAUUUUCUAAUGCAAUAAAUUCAUUUCUGCCUGCUG